AUGAUAUAUCUGGUUGGUUCUGGGAUUGGAUUGCAGCCGAAAAAUAUCAUGACCCGGACAAGCUCGUUUCUCAAUCACUGGGCGAGUCAAGGCAUGCUCGCCGCAUUUUCCUCCUCGCCUGACCCCGAAUGCCCUACAUGGCUUGAUGCGGAACAGCUGGUAGCACGACUAAUGGCACCCAUUGUCGGGGCGCGCGACGAUGAAGUCGCCAUGAUGGGCUCGUUGACAGCGAACCUGCACUACUUGCUGGCUACGUUCUACCGCCCACAUGAAGGAGGAGGAUGCCGAACUCGUAUUAUCAUUGAAGAGGGAGUCUUCAAUAGUGACCUAUAUGCUGUUCAGUCGCACGUUGCGUGGCAUGGUCUCGAACCUGCUGUCGAGAUUAUACCGGUCGCCCGCAAUAGGCAUGACUUCCUAUCGACGCAAGCAAUUCUAGAGACUAUAGAUGCACACUCUAAUACUGCGGCAUUGCUACUAUUGUCUGGUGUUCAGUUCGACACCGGCCAACUACUUGAGAUACCUCAAAUUACAGCGUAUGCUCGGGAGAGAAGUAUUCUAGUGGGGUGGGACCUUGCGCACGCCGUUGGGAACGUCGAACUUCGAUUGCACGACUGGAACGUCGACUUUGCUGUUUGGUGCUCAUACAAGUAUCUGAACGCUGGCCCUGGGGCGACCGGCGGACUAUUCUUGCAUGGCAAACACGGAACCAGUGAAGUAAACCCACGGCUGUCUGGUUGGUGGGGUAUGCCUGUGUCGCAAAGAUUUACUUUGCAGAAGCAAUAUGUUCCAAAUGCGGGCGCUUCAAGAUUUCAGCUUUCCAGCCCAUCCAUUCUCGAUAUUACAGCCGUCACCGCCUCACUUGUCAUCUUCGAGAAAGCUGGCAUGCGAGCGAUAGUUGAGAAAUCUAUAAAGCUGACGGGAUAUCUGGAGACCCUACUCGAUUCUCUUGAAAAUCCCGGCUUAUCAGCCUGGCCAUUGUGGACUAUAAUCACCCCACGGGAUAUAAAAUACCGCGGCGCAAUGCUAAGUCUCCGUUGGUAUGAGCCUGAGUGUCUUGAGCGGGUAGUAGGGUAUCUGAAAGUACGUGGGGUUUUGGUCGAUGUGCGAAAACCGGAUAUUAUGCGCAUCACUCCAGCCCCUUUGUACAAUACAUUCGAGGAAAUCAACCAUUUCGUGGAGGAACUCAGAAGAGCCGUAGCCGAAGCUUGA